AUGCCCGGAGGUCCAGCAACGGCAGGCUUGUCGGCGGCCGUGGGACAAUGGACCAAGUUCCUGGCGCGCGCCGAAGCCAAACGACUAGACCCCAGCGACUUCGCGAGAUUCGUGCCCAUCCUUAACUCGGACUUCUAUCCAUUGCCUCCCAUUGUUAUCGCCAACCUUCUCCUCAAGCCGACGAAGCAGUCUUCCUAUUCCCUUGACCCCCGCAGACUACAAUAUCUCACCAUCCUCCUCAACCAGAAGCUCGUCAACCCCCAGUCCGUCCUGAAAGUUCUACACCAUUACUCGACAUCGCAGGCCAAGAUUCAGAGUGAAUAUGAUGCAAGUACUACAAACGUGGCCGCGACGGCCACUAAGGGGGGCCAGGGGCAACAAGGAGACAAAAAACCGAAGAGGGUGUUUUGGCAAAAUUCAUACAACGACGAGGAGGUAAUCUUUCUGCGGCUCUCCAAGGUCAUAACACAUGGUCAAGGCAUCAGGCAUGCCUCUGACGCCUACGAGAUGGCUACGAACCUGAGCAAGUGGACAACGCUUUUCAUCGACGUCAUCGCCGCCUUUUCACGAGAUACAUUCGGCACUAUUCAGAACAUGCGAACUAAGCAGGACAUGGAGACCUCUCUUCAGGCUUUCAGUUUGCUUUUGGUCAACUUUUUGGGGAAUCAACGGGUGGUCUCUGCCUUUAGCCGGCCCGAGGCUAAAAGCCAUCGCAAAGGAUUAGCGAGCUCUAUCGAUCAGCUUAUACCCUAUCUCCUUCAGAAUCCAAAUACCUCUGGAAUUGCGGAGAGGUUAGAGUUCAGCCGAGGACAGGCACUGGCCGGGGAAGAGUCUUCUGAUCUGAAGGACGCUGCAGUAGCGGAGAUGCAUAGCUACAUGGAUAACAUGAUCGGGCUGGACACAUGGCAAAUCCCCGAUAUGCCCAUAGUUAACUCUCGCGCCGGUCUGUACAUUUACAUCAAUGCUGCGGGUGACUUGCAAACAACAGCAAUACACCUUAUUCUAGCAUCCUUUGAUGUUUUGGCGAACGCCGUCUUCAGGGAAGGAUCAAAAACGGGACACUUGCUCAAAUCAUACGUCGUCAACAAGGUUCCACUAAUAUUGGGUAACUUUGCUGCCUCCUCUACACAUAUGUAUCCUUUUGACGCAGAGUUUUGCAUAUCCCAGGCGCUGGGUCAGGUUGACACUAAUGUGUUUCCGACAUUGUCCAACAUGUUUGACAUGUCGAACACUAGCAGCUCCUUUCAGGACUCCGUGCGACAAGACUUUUGCUUUGCCUGCCAGCUGCACGGGCUGUUAUCUGCGUCGGCCAUCGAGACCCUUUUGGGAGAAAUUACUUAUCAAACACUGCCGGACGAGGGUCGGUACGUGAAAGAAACGCUGGUCCAGGCAUGUUUGGAAGAUUUCGAGAGAAGUCAGAGGCUUAUCGGGGAAUUGGAUAACAUGAACGGAAACGUGGGCGCUGCUGCGCAAGCUAUUGUUGAGGUGAUUGGUACACUUUGCCGCAACAAGGAGACCAUGACUCUCAAGCAAUUGUGCAGCCAGCUGGCCAGCAAACCAUCAUCCUUGGAUAUUCUAUUACUUUUCGAUAAACCAUACAAGAUACUUCACCCUCUGUGCGAGCUCUUGGACGACUGGGGUGGCUAUGACGAGGAUCAGGGCGAAUAUCAGCCUGUAUACGAGGAAUUUGGGUCUAUCCAGCUUCUACUGCUGGCCUUUGUGCACCGCUACAGUCUGACACCCACCGACUUGGCCAUCCGAUCUCCGCAUUCGUUCGUGGGGAAGCUACUAGGAAGGGGCCAAUUGAGUCGGCCGUUGGACGAGCUUAGCGACCAGGAAAAGUCGCAUCUGAAUGGUUGGGUACAUGGGCUAUUUGAUUCCGAGGCUGGCGGUCUAGGAGACGAUCUUAUGUCGUCUUGUCCUCCGCAGGACUUCUAUCUACUCAUGCCGACGCUUUUUGAUCAGAUCGUCAUGGCCUUGAGUACAGGCUGCUUGAACGAUUACCUAUUAAGAAGUGGUCUAGAAUUGCCAGCACUCUUGUUCCUUGCAAACAACCUACGGACUGAUAAGCAACCCGGUCAAGGAGCGGUCAUCAAGAUUCUUCAACUCAUUUUGCGUCCAAAUUCAAUAUCCAAUGAAGCAUCUACCAUGCUCUCAUCGGUCCUGAACAUUGUCGCCAAACCCCUGGAACUCUCACUCCGCUCCUAUCAGCGUCAGGUUCCCGCGUCACAAGAGGUCGAACCCCUUUUGCGCGCUCUCAAAGAAAAUCUGGCCGUGUCCAGCCGCACCGGUGGCGCCGACCACAGCGAGCUGGAAAAUUGGACUGGCACACAUCACAAUGGUUCCGGGUCCGUCGGGGGUCUCUACGGCGCCAUCCGCCACACCGUCCAAAAUCUGGUCCAGUGGGCUCAGCACUCGCCCGGUAACGGCGUGCCGGCCACUUACACCCACCGCCAGGUUCUUGUCGCUCUCCAGAUCUGCGGCGCAAGGCGUCUCCUCUCUGCCCUGCUUAAGGAGCUGAAAACGCAAACAGAAGCCGGCAACGGCUCCGUGGCCUACGACGUCGUCACAGCCAUCAUCUGUGCUCCCGACGUUCACAAUACCCCCGUAACGGACGACAACGACCCCUCCUCUGCCCGAGAAGGAGGAGAUGCUGCGAACCAUCCCAUCACCAAAAAGCAGCGGAGAAUCACCCUACGCGAAGCUCUCAAAUUCGAAGCGGAAGAAUUUAAGAAAAUUCAGAAAUCAGACCCCCUAAUGGCCGAAACGGUCGUGCGCCUGCAUCGUCGCGUCGAGGCGCAGAUGGCCCUACCUCCCCCACCUCCGCCGCCCGCGCAGCAUCAUCAUCAUCAUCAGCAAACGAUGCUGCAGCCGGAGUUGAGCGCGCUGGGGGUGGUGGCUGGCGAUGCUAUGGGCGAUUCCAUCAUGAACGCUGCGGCGGUGCAGGUUUCGGGUAGUGAUCAUCAUCAUCCGAUGGACGCGAUGAGUUUGGAUGCUACGGGCAUGGGUGGGUUGGAUGUGGGAGGUGCGGGUGGCAUUGAUAUAAGUGGGAUGGGGGAUAUGGGUAUGGGGAACAUGGGUGGGUUGACGGUCAAUACGAAUACUGGAGGCGGAAUGGGAGGUGGUGUUGGGACGGGUGGUCAAGGUGGUGGUGUUGCGGGAGGAGGAGGUGCAGGUGCCUCGGGUGGGAAUGGUGGAGGAGGAGGAGCUGGCGGCGCUGGCGGUGGAGGCAGUGGCAGCGGUGGCGCGGGAGGAGACCUGAGUGGUGAUGAUAUCUUUAGCGGCUUGGGGACAGGAGACUUCACGACGGAUUUCGGGAACUGGGAUACGAUGGACUUGGGUUAGUAUCCUUAGCAUUAACGACAGAUGGCCCCGGAUGGGGACUGAGAACGGCAGAAUACGAAUCGUUUGUAGACGCAGGCUCGUGACUUGAAUAUUCCAAUUUGCAUUCCUGCCUUUGGUUGAGAAUAGCAAAGGGGUUAGAAACAGGCAGAAUUUAAGCGUGC